AUGCCUGAGGAGAAGUUAUUAGCGACAUCACAAUGUAUAAACCAUACCUAUGAGGAAACUUACAAGGAGGAAGAUGAAUUCGUCUGUAGAUUGAUAAUUACUCAUGAAAAUAAUGGUAUUGUCAAAGACGAAGAGCAUGUAGGAAGAGCAAAAUCAAAGAAAGAUGCAAAGCACGAUGCUGCUUCCCGAGCUCUUAGGAAAAGUAACAUUCUUCUUAAUUCUUCUGCUAAAGAUUUAGCUUGUGCAGAUGGAUCAUAUGCUUGUAUUGGAAACCAGACUGGUUAUGUUCUUAUUAUUAACUUUAGAAAAGAUAGAGACUGGGCAGACAAAGACGAAGAAAAUAUAAUUGAAUUAAUGAGCGGUAUAUUGAAAUUUGAAUAUUCGGUUGUGGCAGACCCAACAAAGGCGGAGCUGGUCAAUAUUCUAGAAAAUAUUUCAAGCAAUUUAAAUGGGAAUUAUAAAUCGUAUUAUUGUUUUAUGGUAUUUUUGAUGGCUCAUGGUAGUCAGUUUGGAGUCAUAACUGCUGAUAAAGGUAAAAAGAAGAUAACUAUUUCUGUGGAUGAAAUAAUGGAAUUGUUUAAAAAUGAUAAAAUACCAAAUUUUGUAGGUAAACCUAAAAUGUUCUUCAUCCAAAGCUGUAGGGGAAAAUCAAUCCAGGAUACUUUCGUUCAGCCAGAUGAUGACGACGAUGACACGGUAGAGAGAAUAUCAGCACCAACUGAUGCAGACAUUCUUAUUGCUUAUGCAACUACUGAAGGUUAUAAAGCUUUUCGACACAAGAAUUUUGGUUCUAUCUUUAUCUAUGAAUGUAUAAAGAAGUUCAAGGAACAAUAUAGUAAGACACAUCUAGAAGAAAUGAUGAUUGAUGUCAAAGCAGCACUUGCGCUAGGCUCUGUAGAUAAGACAAAGAAGCAUGUACAAAUGCCUUGCACAUGGAGCACCCUUACAAAAAGAUUUUUCUUUGUACCCACUGAGUCAUAACCUAGAAAAAUGCUUGUAACUAAUUUAAUUGAUUAAAAUAUUUGUCUUUUUACGUAAGGACAAGGUUCGCUUUUGCCAAAAUGUAACCUUGAAUUAAAGGUUUUUCGUAAAAUAUAGAAAAAAAAAAA